AGGUAAAUGUAUAAAACAUGCAUGUCUACAGUUUGUGAAAGUAUAUGUAAUAUAGAAAAAAUAUUAAUAAUAAGACUUUAAAACGUUGAAAUAGAAUGUACAGUAUAGACAUUAAGUUGCCAGAAUAUAUACAGUUUAGUUGUAAGAUGUAAAACAACUGUAUUGGACUGAUAAUGGACAUUGAUAGAUACUAUUGGCUGUGAUAUUGAUUUGGGUGUCGUACACAAAAAAUGUUAUUGAGCCUUUCCUUCUCUGGCUGCAGCCUUUUGGAUCAAUUAGUCCUUUUUGGAAGUCUUGCAGAAGGGCAUUACACUUGUCUAACCUUUAGGAGAUGAAUUCAUUAAGUAGUUGUUCAGAGUUUGACUGGGACAAGAUAGUUUGGAAAUAUUUUGUCAGUAAUGUGGCUUGUGAAAUUUUCACUGUAAAUAGACCAAUAAAUCUUUUGGGCCAAUUCAUCAGGCCUAUAUUUGUCGCUAGUUGAUAAGAGGCAUUGACAUUGGCCAAUAAUAACAAUCGUGCUUCACUAAAACCUUAUUUUUACACCCAAAAUGUUGCUUUCUUCGUUUUUUGGUGACUAGUUUGAUCUAUUUAAUAGUUUAUACAUUUUCUUUCAUGAAAAUAUUGUGAAAUAUUAUGAUAUUUUGGGUGGCGAUAUUAUAUCGCUUUUGAGACACCAAAUACCACUAGAUGGUGCCAAGUGCUCACCCUCACUGGAACAGUUAUAUAUGUGAUAAUAUCUUAUUGUCGCGAUUCCCACCCCUAGGGACUGGAGGUAAUUAACUGGGCAAAGAGGUGAUUUAUCUGGCCGAUAUUUGCCAUUCACCAUAUUUUAAUAAUCAGCAUUGGAAACUAUCAUUUAUUAAUCGGCCAAUUAUUACAAAUUACCCAUUUUCUUGUUGGAAAUUAGAUUUUUUUCAUCCAUGGAUGGAUGGAUUUAAUAUUAUAGUUGAUAGAUUAUUUUUAUUGAAAAUACUGUAUAUAUAUUAGGUGAUCGGCAUGUUGCCAGUGGUGGUGGUCCACGGAGGGGCGGGUCAAAUCCCGAAGCAGCGCACUGAACAGUCCACACUAGGCGUGUGUACCGCAGUGCGAGCAGCCUACACCAUCCUGCGGGGAGGAGGCAGCAGCAUGGAUGCUGUGGUGGAGGCUGUGACACAGAUGGAGGAUAAUCCUUCAUUCAAUGCAGGGCGCGGGUCUGUGUUGAACGCUAAAGGGGAGGUGGAAAUGGACGCCAUCGUGAUGGAGGGUAAAACACUGGGAAGCGGCGCAGUGUCUGCUGUACGCAACAUUGCCAACCCUGUUCAGCUAGCAAGACUGGUUAUGGACAAGACCAGCCAUGCAUGUCUGACAGCAGAGGGCGCCAGUCAGUUUGCCCGGGCCAUGGGUGUCCCCGAGGUCCCCGAAGAGUCCCUCAUCACGGAGUAUUCACGCAUGCGCUGGACAAAGAACUUGGCCCCAGAAGCUAACCCUGUGGAAUGCCAAAUGGGAAAGAUGGGAACCGUCGGAGCCGUGGCGAUCGACAGCGAGGGCAACAUUGCCUGCGCGACCUCUACUGGUGGAAUGCUGAACAAGAUGGAGGGACGAGUUGGCGACACACCCUGCAUAGGUAGUGGUGGUUACGCUGACAACAAUGUGGGCGCAGUGUCGACUACAGGCCACGGAGAGGCCAUCAUGAAAGUCACUCUGGCGAGACUCAUCCUCUUCCACAUGGAGCAAGGUCACUCUGUAGAGGCAGCCAGUGAUUUGGGUCUGGCCUAUAUGAAGUCCAGAGUGGCUGCGCUGGGCGGGGUGGUGACCGUGGACCCUCGGGGCCACUGGGCCGCCCGGUUCUCCAGCCGGCAAAUGUCUUGGGCCGCGGCCCAGAAAGACACACUGCACUAUGGUCUUUACACGGGGGAACAUUUCACACAGAGCAUCGAACAUCCGCACUGAUAAAUAUAUACAGUAUAUAUAUAUAUAUAUAUAUAUAAGUAUAUGUAUAUGACAUGAAGGUGCUUUCAAAAUAAAGGUCCAACUGCAGAGUUGCAACAAACAGUGGACUCUCGACCACUACACUACAAACUACAGUGUCCUUGGCAAACCAUAAAUGAUGACCGUCCAGUUUCUCCAUGCCGUUUAUGCGUGCGGAGCUGUUUUAAUCGAGUUUCGACACAAUUUUGUGGCCGUUUUUUUGAAUUUUUGGAUCUGUAGAUUUCCCGGGAGCAAUUCCUUGAAACACCUGUGGCACUGAGUUGUCAUCUGCGGAUAAAUGAUCCAACUCCACCACGAAGCAACCUCUGAGUCUCUCUAAACUGUGGUUCGAGUUCCACAGAAGGGUCGCAGAAGAUUUUUCUUCAAACUAACUGAUUUUUACUUUAUUUUGUAUGUGUAAAUGUUUUAAAUGUGGAUUAAAUUAAGUUGUAAUUAAUUUUCCAAACGUACCUUGAAAAUGAUGAAUGUAGGAAUUCAAAAUAAUACUAAUUAGUAGAUAUGCUUGAUUUUGAUGAUAGUUUGUCGUCAUAAACAACAUUCACUCCAGAAUGAUUUCAGACCUCACAGUGAUGCUAGUGUGAGAAUAAAUUCCUCUGCUGCUCAAUCAUGUGUUGCCUGAAAGCUUCAGGUUUAUUGCUGCUUGAAGUACAAGUCUUAAUUUCUUUUCUUUGUUUGUUUAUUUUGUGCUGCCGAUCAUGUGACGACUGUUUAGGCUGAAGGAUUUGUUUUAGGAAAACACAAUAAAUCCCUUUCAUGCCUGCA